AUGGCCCAGUUUGUGACCCACAUCCAGCCCACGCUGAUGGAGGCGUCCCAAGGUCAUGUGCCCCACCACCACGGACAUCAGGUGGGUGUGCAGCACUCGUCGCAUCUGCCCCACAGCGGCCACAACAUGCCCUCGCCGCCCACCCACAAUCACCAUCAUGCCCACGGACAUGGUCAUCAUACCAGCAGCGGUGGUCAUCAUGGAGGAGCAGGUGGCCAUUCGCAGAAGCAGUCAGCACAUCAUAGCACCACCUCCGGCCACGCCUCCAAGGGACAGCACCACAGCCCGCCCUCGAGGAUCCAUUCACCGCCGACGGAACACCAUCCGGAUCAUAUUGGUCACUACGAGUACUUCCAGCAUCAGCACGAGCAGAUCUUCCACCAUGAAGGAGCAAACGGUGGCGUCAGCCACAAACAACAGACCCACCAUCAUCCCAACAAGCACGAGCACUGCCCCACAGGACACCAGAGUGCGGUGAGUUGUCCUUCCUAG